GAGCGGCGCAGGUCCCGGGUGCGCGCCCGCGGCGAGCGGCGGCCAGGUCGGGCACCAUGCGCUAGGUGCUGCCAGCACCGCAAGGCCACACCCUCCUCACCGCGAGGUCACUGCCUGCUGCCCACCGCCCCACCAUGGCCGGGGACCGGCUCCCGAGGAAGGUGAUGGACGCCAGGAAGCUGGCCAGCCUGCUGCGGGGCGGGCCUGGGGGGCCCCUGGUCAUCGACAGCCGCUCCUUUGUGGAGUACAACAGCUGGCACGUGCUCAGCUCCGUCAACAUCUGCUGUUCCAAGCUGGUGAAGCGGCGGCUGCAGCAGGGCAAGGUGACCAUUGCCGAGCUCAUCCAGCCUGCCACUCGCAGCCAGGUGGAGGCUGCAGAACCACAGGACGUAGUGGUGUAUGACCAGAGCACCCGGGAUGCCAGUGUGCUGGCCGCAGACAGCUUCCUGUCCAUCCUGCUCAGCAAGCUGGACGGCUGCUUCGACAGCGUGGCCAUCCUCACGGGGGGCUUCGCCACCUUCUCCUCCUGCUUCCCUAGCCUCUGCGAGGGCAAACCUGCCACCCUGCCACCCAUGAGCCUCUCCCAGCCCUGCCUGCCUGUGCCCAGCGUGGGCCUGACCCGCAUACUGCCUCACCUCUACCUGGGCUCCCAGAAGGAUGUCCUCAACAAGGAUCUGAUGACCCAAAAUGGAAUAAGCUACGUCCUCAACGCCAGCAAUUCCUGCCCCAAGCCGGACUUCAUCUGCGAGAGCCGCUUCAUGCGCAUUCCCAUCAACGACAACUACUGUGAAAAACUGCUGCCCUGGCUGGACAAGUCCGUGGAGUUCAUCGAUAAAGCCAAGCUGUCCAGCUGCCAGGUCAUCGUCCACUGUCUGGCCGGCAUCUCCCGCUCUGCAACCAUUGCCAUAGCCUACAUCAUGAAGACCAUGGGCAUGUCCUCCGACGACGCCUACAGGUUUGUGAAGGACCGGCGGCCGUCCAUCUCGCCCAAUUUCAACUUCCUGGGCCAGCUGCUGGAGUACGAGCGGAGCCUGCAACUGCUGGCCGCCCUGCAGGGCGACACCCCCCACCCGGGGACCCCCGAGCCCCUCCCGGGCCCCGCAGCAGGGGUCCUGCUGCCAAGGCUGCCACCACCACCUACCUCAGAGAGUGCUGCCACCGGGGGCGCGGCAGCCACCGCAGCCAGGGAGAGUGGCACCUGGGAGGCCCCGGCCGCCACCCCGGCCACUAGCGCACUGCAGCAGGGCCUGCGCGGCCUGCACCUGUCCUCCGACCGCCUGCAGGACACCAACCGCCUCAAGCGCUCCUUCUCCCUGGACAUCAAGUCGGCCUACGCCCCGAGCCAGCGGCCUGAGCGUCCGGGGCCGCCUGCCCCCGGGGAGGCAGCCAAGCUGUGCAAGUUGCACAGCCCCUCAGGGGUCCUGCUGGGCCUCCCCUCACCGGCCUCUGACAGCCCAGACUCCACUGCAGAGACGCGCCCUCGGCCCCGUCGGCGGCACCGGCCGCCCGCCAGCUCCCCAGCCCGCUCCCCGGGGGCACACGGCCUCGGCCUGAACUUCGGCGAUACGGGGCGCCAGACUCCAAGGCACGGACUCUCUGCCCUGUCUGCACCCGCACUGCCCGGCCCGGGUCAGCCCGCCAGCCCGGGGGCCUGGGCGCCGCCGCUCGACUCCCCGGGGACACCCUCCCCCGACGCACCCUGGUGCUUCAGCCCCGAGGGUGCACAGGGGGCCUUCAGCCUGGCAGGCGCGCCCGGGCCCGGCGGCAGGGGCGACGGCUGGCCCGAGGAGCCCGCCCCAGACUCGCAGUUCAAGAGGCGCAGCUGCCAGAUGGAGUUCGAGGAGGGCAUGGCCGAGGGCCACGCGCGUGGCGAGGAGCUGACAGCCCUGGGCAAGCAGGCCAGCUUCUCGGGCAGCGUGGAGGUCAUCCAGGUCUCCUGACCGCGGCGCAGGCCCACCAUAGACCUAGACUGCAUAGGCUGCAGAGGAAGGGAAACGACUCUACUGCGAUUUUUACCGAGAAGUAAAUAUUUCCAUUUUUUAUUUAUUUAAGCAGUUCAUGCUGGCAAUGAUUCGGCACCCAUGUGGCCGGCCUUCGGCGCUCUAUUUUUACUGUCUGGUAUUUAAACUGAAACACUUGUCUCUAAGCAAUAGGAGGCUGACAUCCGUCCCUGUCACGAGCGGCGGGCCAGGCCUGGGACCUCCCUGCGCCCUCCUCCCCCCGAAACACUGCUGAUGUUGCAAAGAGGCUGCCCGGCUUUCGUGCACUUUUUACGUAAGAAAAAGGGGAAAAAGCAAAAAAAAAAAAAUCUUCUUUGCCGCAAACUGAGCCGCAGAAGCUCCUCCCCCGCCCGCCUGGCCUCCUUCCCUCCCCGGGCUCUGCACCAAAGCCGUAGGUGGGGAGGGGGGCUGCAGGAGCAGGGCCCUGCCAGCUCCGGGGCCAGCUCUCAGUGGCAUGGGGACCCUGCUGCCUGUCGGCAGGGCUGCCCCUGCCCGGUGUCGGCCAGCACUGGCUCCUGAGUCAGAGGAGGUGGACCCCCAGGGCAAGGAUGGACAGAAGCGACCCUCCCCCUCGGGCCCAGGUCCAGAGAGGCCCUGCAGAGGCAGCCGCUCCCCUCUUCUCUCCUUUAGGGGUCUCCCCAGGGCAGCCUGCAGGGACAGAGCCUGGCCUGGGGGCUGCCCCGAUCAGACAGGAGCCCUGGCCCAGAUCCAAUCCUGAGGCCUGUGCCGAGCUGCUGUAUUCAGGGCUGGGGUCCAUGGCUCUGGGAAAGCCCCCACGGGAGCAGGCCCUGGAGAAGUCCCCCUUGUCUGCCUGGCCCCGGGGGACCUCUCAGGAGAGAACCCCCUGUGCACCCCGUUCCUUUCCUGGCACUCUCCCCACAUCUUGGGGCGAGGUCCAGACCCCACCCUCCAGAGGCUUUUUGGCCAGGAGGGUCAGCCUGGAGGUGGGGCAGGAGGAAGCCCAGCCACCACACCCCACAGCCUCUCAGGUCACUGGGGCCUGAGGCUUUGGGGGCAAGGCCUGCCCCUCGUGUCCUGGAGUCCGAGGGUUGCCUGUCACCCCGGGAAGAGGCGAAGGGCUUGGCAGGAGUGCCCAGCCCGCCCCAGCCCCGCCACUGUGUUCUGUUUGUUCUUUUGUCCCCGCCCUGUGUUCCGUCAUCCCUCUGAGCAAAGUCCUGUUCCGGCUCCCUCUGUCCCCCACGCCCUGUCCCCAAGAAAAUAAGCUAUCAUUGUUGUAUUUGCAAUCUAUGGAUUAGAGGUUUAAGUAUUUAUUAUUAUUGGUUAAUUAUUAUUAUUAAUUAUGUAAAUUUGCCUUCUGUCUGAUGCUUUGAGUUUCUGAGGUGACCCUGGAGGGGUCACUGGUGGAUGCACUGUCCUGUUGCCCGCCCCUCUGCUGUCCGGGAGACAGUGGUGUGGGGUCACUGGUUGGGCCCCGGAACUCUGGGCGGGUCUCGGCCCCUGCCCUCCCCUGGCGGGGGGGUGUGCGGGCCCCUGGAGCCUCAGUCUGUCUUUGUUCCCGCUCCCCUGACACUGUUUCCCCAGAGUGAACAGCUGGAAUGGGGAGAAGGCCUCCAUGUGCCAGGAAGGCAGGGCACCAGGGCCCUCAAGUCUCCAGCCUUACCUGGCAUUGGGCAUCACCCAGAACAGACCUGGCCCCUCCUAUUAUUUGCUGGAAAGUCCAGCAGAGGAGGGCGCCACCCCCCCAGACCCCCAGUCCCUGGGACCGGGGUGUCCGACUGCCCCCCACGGGAACCCUGCCCCUGCGGGUCACACUUUCCCGUUCCCUCCUUUUGUAUUUGGAAAUCAUAUGUUGUAAUAAAUCCCAACACAGGUGUUUUCC